AUGCCUCAUGACGCUGAGUCUGCGGGUGCCUUGAGCACCGGCGCUGGCAAUUUCAACUCCAGCGAACAGACAGCGUACACGAACAACAGCGAUAGAAACAGCAGAAACAGCAAAGAUAACAGAAUCCCGAUAGACACGAUGACCCCUCGACCGAGCAGCGGCGCUGGCAGCCGUGAGAGUGAUGCCUCGGCGCAGUAUGAGAACAUAUCAACCAGCCAGAAGAUGAUAUCCGCCACCUGGGGGAGCCUUCUCACCUCGUUAUUAGUCACACCGCUGGAUGUGGUCAGAGUGCGUCUUCAGGCGCAAACGCCGGUUAUCCGGGCCUCCCUGCCUACAUCGCCACAGCCUACAACGCUUACAUCUGUCUCCCCGUCACCACUCAAUUUCUUCCGACACCUCCCUCCAAACCUCGGUGUGACGGCGUGCUGCCGAGAAGUCUUCUGGAUAGGAGAGAAUGCACAGACGCAGUUCUGCCUGGUGAACCAGCCACCACCAACUGCUACGUCCAGUACGUCUGCUCCUACAUCUACUAUAACGUCUCCACAACCGUGUGUGGUCGAACAACGCAAGUCAUACACAUCGACGCUCGACGGGCUACGCAAGAUAGCACGCCAUGAGGGCCCAUUGUCUCUCUGGCGAGGGCUUUCGCCCACCCUAGUCAUGGCAAUUCCAGCCAACGUCAUCUACUUCACGGGCUACGACUGGCUACGAUACGACAAUGCCAGCCCUGUAGCAAGCUACGUCCCUGCCAGCGCGGCUCCGCUGGUAGCAGGUUCCGUAGCGCGGAUAGCAGCCGCAUCCGCCAUCAGUCCGAUCGAGAUGUUCCGAACACGACUGCAGGCGAUCCCGGCCGGGGGAGGAAUGCAUGGCCCAGACCACUUCAAGGCAACGCUGCGAGAUCUCAACAAGAUGGUGCAUCGAGAAGGGUACACUUCUCUCUGGCGAGGUCUGACGCUGACUAUGUGGCGAGACGUGCCCUUUUCCGGCUUGUACUGGUGGGGAUACGAGCGCAUCAAGCGCCAGCUCGAGUCAAUGAGAGGCCAUGCUUUCCCACACGCUUAUGUCGAUCCGCUGCUCAAGGGAUCACCAACAGCGGCAGCAAAAACCACACCAGCAACUGCAACAUCAGCAGCCGGAGCAGCGUCUCACUCGCCGAGCUCGACGGUGGUGUUUGUCGAGAGCUUCACAGCCGGCGCCGUGUCUGGGGCUGUGUCUGCGCUGGUAACGACGCCCUUUGACGUGGGCAAGACGAGACAGCAGGUGGCCUCGGGCUCGUCUGGGUCCAUCCCGCGCUUCCUGCUCAGCAUCCUGCAGGAAGAAGGGCUGCAGGGCCUGUUCAGGGGCUGGGCAGCUCGCUGUCUCAAGGUCGCCCCAGCCUGCGCCAUCAUGAUAUCGAGCUACGAGGUCGGCAAGAAGGUCGCCAGCAAGGCCAACGACGACCACCCGUAG